AGUGAGGACGCGGCGUGGGGCGGGCCCUGACGCGGAAGGGGCGGUGCCGCUGUUGCGCGCCGUGGCGGCCUGUGUGCAGUAGCCGCUUCCGGAGGAGGGUCCAACCCGGCUAGGUGGGUGGGGAGUGUGGCUGUUAACCUGGCAGCCGCCGAGAGGUGGGUGACGGGCCUGGGCUAACUGAGUGUCCAGCGCAAUCAGACUUUGACAUCCGUUUUUAGGGUGCCCUUUAAAAGUGGCGGAGUCGUCUCCCAAACCUGGUUCGGCCAGCCUCUUUUUCGCUCCCGACUUCCAAUGUGUCUGGUCUUCCCUACUUCCUGGCCCUCAGCUUCGCGAUUUGGAGUUCUUGGAGUGAGGGAAAAGCCUUUUGUUACAGCACACAGUAGAGAAGAUUAUAAAUGGCAGAGCCAUUUAACUGUGGUUAGCUGUUGGAUUCUGAUACUUUCUUAAAAAUACCUUCCUGCACCAACAUCUUCAUUGGAAACAGUUCAGAAAAAGCAGAGGAGAGAGACAACUUUCACAUUUACCAUGGCUAUACCAAUAACAGUGCUUGACUGUGACCUCUUGCUGUAUGGCCGUGGUCACCGGACAUUGGACCGUUUUAAGCUGGAUGAUGUGUCUGAUGAAUACUUGAUGUCCAUGUAUGGGUUUCCGCGACAGUUCAUUUAUUACUUGGUGGAGCUCUUGGGGGCGAAUCUUUCCAGGCCUACUCAGCGAUCCAGGGCUAUUAGCCCAGAGACACAGAUCCUUGCAGCACUGGGUUUUUAUACCUCAGGUUCCUUCCAGACUCGGAUGGGAGAUGCCAUUGGAAUCAGUCAGGCGUCUAUGAGUCGUUGUGUUGCCAAUGUCACCGAAGCACUUGUGGAAAGGGCCUCACAGUUCAUUCGCUUCCCAGCUGAUGAAGCCUCCAUACAGGCUCUGAAGGAUGAAUUCUAUGGGUUGGCAGGGAUGCCAGGGGUGAUGGGGGUAGUUGACUGUAUCCAUGUGGCCAUCAAGGCACCAAAUGCUGAAGACCUCUCCUAUGUGAACCGAAAAGGCCUGCAUUCUUUAAACUGCCUGAUGGUGUGUGACAUUAGAGGGGCACUAAUGACCGUGGAGACAAACUGGCCAGGCAGCCUACAGGACUGUGCCGUGCUGCAGCAGUCUUCCCUCGGUAGUCAGUUUGAAGCCGGUAUGCACAAAGAUAGCUGGCUUCUGGGUGACAGUUCCUUCUUUCUUCGAACCUGGCUCAUGACCCCACUUCACAUUCCUGAAACUCCAGCAGAAUAUCGCUAUAAUAUGGCCCAUUCUGCAACUCACAGUGUGAUUGAGAAGACUUUCCGAACCCUCUGCUCCCGAUUCCGCUGCCUGGAUGGAUCCAAGGGGGCACUGCAGUACUCACCAGAGAAAUCCAGCCACAUCAUCUUGGCCUGUUGUGUUCUCCACAACAUCUCCCUGGAGCAUGGGAUGGAUGUUUGGUCCUCUCCAAUGACAGGACCCAUGGAACAGCCCCCUGAAGAAGAGUAUGAGCACAUGGAGUCCCUGGACUUAGAGGCUGACCGUAUUCGUCAGGAGUUAAUGCUCACUCAUUUUAGCUAAUGUAGAAGGUGGAGAGGAGGGAGACUUCCCAGGAGUUGUGACAGACUUUCUUCCUCAUCACCUUCUACACAGUUCCAUCAUCUAGCAUGACUGAGUAUUCAGAUACUUGUCAUAAACUGACAUUUAAUCUGUGUGUUUUGGUAAGGUUGGGGCUAUGCCGGAAUAUCUUGAUUCAUUUGCAAAUGCAUUAAACCGAAACCAAGACAGCGGUUACCUACUGUGCAGUGAACUCCAGGUUGAGUACCACUAAUUUGAAAGCUCAGUGGUUGCAAACAUUUAUGAUUGUGCCUACGAAGUCAUAGUAAAGGUCAGGAGUUCAAGACCAGCCUGGCCAACAUGGUGAAACCCCGUCUCUACUAAAAAUACAAAAAUUAGCGGCCGGGCACGGUGGCUCAUGCCUGUAAUCCCAGCACUUUGGGAGGCCGAGGCGGGUGGAUCACCCGAGGUCAGGAAUUCAAGACUAGCCUGGCCAACAUGGCGAGACCCUGUCUCUACUAAAAAGUGGCAGGUGCCUGUAAUCCCAGCUGCUCGGGAGGCUGAGGCAGCAUAAUCGCUUGAACCUGGGAGGCGGAGGUUGUGGUGAGCCAACAUUGUGCCAUUGCACUCAGCCUGGGCAACAAGAGUGAAACUCCGUCUCCGGAAAAAAAAAAAUCAGCCGGGCGUGGUGGUACACACCUGAAAUCCCAGCUACUUGGGAUGCUGAGGCAAGAGAAUCCAGGAGUCGGAGGUUGCAGUGAGCUGAGAUCGUGCCACUGCACUCCAGCCUGAGUGGCAGAGCAAGACUCUUUCUCGAAAAAGAAAAAAAGUCAUAGUAAAGGGGAAAACAGCAUAUAGUCAAAACACUUUUUUGGUUUCAAUUAUCUGCAGAUUUCAGAUGAAAACAAUAUUUACAUAGGCCGGGUGCGGUGGCUCACGCCUGUAAUCCCACAAUCCCAGCACUUUGGGAGGCCAAGGCGGGCAGAUCAGGUGAGGUCAGGAGUUUGACACCAGCCUGACCAAUACGGUGAAACCCCAUCUCUACUAAAAAAUACAAAAAUUAUCUGGGCAUGGUGGCAUGUGCCUGUAAUCCCAGCUACUCAGGAGGCUGAGGCAGGAGAAUCGCUUAAACCCAGGAGGCAGAGUUUGCAGUGAGCCAAGAUCAUGCCAUUGCACUCCAGCCUGUGCAAGACUCCGUCUCAGGAAAAAAAAAAAAAAAAGAAAACAAUAUUUCCUUGUUCUGGAUUAUCUGGGUGGCAUUUUAGUUUUUCUACUUUGUUGCCUAUAUAGGCAUAAUCUGAGGCAAAUGUGAAGAGAGAAUUUCAGUUGGGGAAUGGUCUUCUGACAGUAAAUGGCUACUAAUCCCAGUCUCCAGCUUUGUGCUUUUAAGAGGAUAUUUUAAAGACAGUCAGAAACCUCCAUCUUUAGCCUGUCUGCAAUAAUUGGACUGUGACUUGGACCUAAAUCCUAGGGAGAACAUCUGGACUCCAGUUUCCUAUUUCCAAUCCUGAGUCGGAGUUAGAGGCUAAAUGGGUUUAAGAACCCAAUCAGCUUUAAAAAGGCAAUUUGAAUAUAGAUAAAAUAGCAAGCUUAUGCUUUACAGGCCAUCUAAGGACUGAGAGAGAUUGAUGAGCAAUGCGGAUUCACCCAGGUUCAGACACCUCACAUUCAACUAGAUCACAUUUCUUACAACUGUGAUGUUAGAAAGUCUGUUUGGUCAUUCUAUUUUGAAAUUCCUUGUACAAAAGGAAGAUUCAGGGAAUAAAGAAGGCGUGUGAAAGUAUUAAAAAGGAGAGGUAAUAGGAAUAUAAUUUGUUGGCUUGAAAUGAAUUCUGGCGCUAGACCUUGGAUAUGCGGAGUGAUGGACAGAAUUUCCCAAGAAAUAAAUAAUCCCCUAGCAAGUCUUGUUCUAAAAUUACACUGAUAUAAAAAUAACCUGAUUAGAAUAAUGAAAGUGUGAAUUAGGUUCACACAUUGGUGCCUCUGCUGGGACAAAAAAGAGACUUUCCUGAGGGUUGUCUUGUUCCCAGUUUCUCAGCCACUCACCAUGUGAUACCUCUGACUUGUCCUCUUGGAUCAUUUCCUACCUCCUGCCUUUGGCAGUGUUAAUCUGGUGAUUUUCAAAGUAAAGAAAUGAACAGCUGAUGACAGAAGAAAUUUGGAAAUAAAUUGAGGGUGACUCAUCCUCAAGAUUAAAAACAA